AUACUAAUCGGAAAUGUAUGAUCUACUUCCAGAAUCAUGCUACGCAUAUUUAUUUUAUGCGCAUUGGCCGUUCUGGCAAAGGCACAAUUCCAGCCUCAGCCUACAGGAAGAAUUCUCGAACCACCUAUACCCCGGCUUUGCGCGCAAAGGACGAUUCACGAACGCUUCAAUGGAAAAGGCUACUAUUUCUCCUGGGCAGAUUCACGAACGGCUGGUCAAGAAAUCGAUUGGUUGGCCGCUAGGAACUUCUGUAGACAACGGUGUAUGGACGCAGUAUCUCUGGAAACAUCUGCUGAAAAUGAGUUUAUCAAGAGCCGCAUUGUGCAGAAUAACAUCAAAUACAUAUGGACUUCUGGGCGCCUUUGCGAUUUCAAAGGAUGCGACAGGCCUGAUCUGCAGCCGCCAAAUAUUAAUGGAUGGUUCUGGACUGCCGAACUUCAAAAGCUGGCACCGACAACUGACCGCAAUCAAAACGACUGGUCUCCAAGUGGCGGAAUUGGCAAACCCCAACCAGACAACCGUGAGGCGCUUCAAGGGGGAGCACCUGAAAACUGCUUGGCAGUAUUGAAUCAAUUUUACAACGACGGAGUGAACUGGCACGAUGUAGCAUGUCAUCAUAAGAAGUCUUGGGUUUGCGAAGAAAAUGAUUCACUGUUGAAAUAUGUACGUUUCAUUAAUCCCAAUCUUCGUGUUUAACUAUAUGCAUUGUUUAUUACCAAGCGAGAAUUUAGUUUUACAAUUUCAAUAUCACCGUUAUAAGCGAAGUGACUGAAUAGUAUGUAUGUUGGCUAUAUAUUUAUUGCGUAAAGUAACCCCGGCGACUCUCGAACCAUUUCACUUUUUUUUAAUAAUGCAAAAAUGACGGUAAUUUUCGCAAUUCAAACGAGAGUUGGCGGCAUUAUAGACUAACGUAUCAAAGUUUGCAAUCAGAGACAGUAUUUAUGUUGCACGAGUACAUUUUCAUUACCUCUGUUGUACACUAACAUGAACGAAUGUAAAUGUUUCAAAUAUAUUCACCGUACGUGACUCAUUAAA